AUGGUACAGUCCCCAACCUAUGAUGGGAAUGGUGUAAAUGUGUUUCUGAUGGGGAUGACCAAGACUUUUGGAAUUUUUGUGUGUGUGUGUGUGGCUUUUAAAGAGUUUGAAGGCACCUCAGAGCAAAUUGGUUGGAUUGGAUCGAUUAUGUCAUUACUUCCUUUUUCUGCAGGUAUAAAGCCAGCAAUAAGCUUACUGUCCAAGGAAUUCUCCAUUCUUGGUGCUUUCCUUGUUACUGGUGGGUAUUUGAUCAGGAGCUGCACUACAAGCAUUCCCUUUCUUUGUGUAACUAUGGGACUUUUACCUGGUUUGGGUUCUGCUUUCUUGUACCAAAUACCUUCUGUGGUAACAACCAAAUAUUUCAAAAAAUGAUUGUCUUUUUCUACUGUUAUUGCUCGUUCUGGGAUGGUAGUGAAAUUUCUGUUGGCACCUUUUACAAAAUUCCUGAUAGAUCUAUAUGACCGGCCAGGUGCCCUUAUAUUAUUUGGAGCUACCAUAUUGAAUUUGGUACCUUCUGGUAUGCUCUUGGAACCUGUCCUUAUCAAAAGUGAGAACAAUUCUGAUACUAAAGAUGAAGGUAGCAGUCUAUCAAGUGGUCCAGAGGCAGUGUGUGGGAAAGAAACAUACUGCAAUGAGAUACAGGAAUCUUCCAUCAGGGACAAAACGAUGCGGAAGGCUGGACAACCCUAUACAAGUUAAUUAGUCUCAGAAAAUCAUAGCAAAGAAUUCAACAAUGGGCCUCACAAGAGCAGAUUAUUCCUAAUAAACAAUAAAGACAGUUACAAGAAAAAGGCUAUUUCGUGGAGCUGCAAACAUUCUUUGAUAUUUCUCUCUAAAAAUCCUUUCUUCUACAUACUCACCUGGUCUUCUCUCCUCAAUCAGUUAGCUUAUUUCAACCCUACCUUUCACCUGGUAGCCAGAGCCAAAACACUGGGCAUGGAUGCCUCCUGUCUUGUUUACAUAGCUGGUAUUACUAAGACAGUCAGUCAGAUUAUCUCUGGCUGGGUUGCUGAUCAAAACUGGAAUUAUCACAAGUCUUACCUCAUCCUUUGCAGCAUCACUAACCUGCUUGUUCCUUUAGCCACCACAUUUCCACUACUUAUGACCUACUCCAUCUUCUUUGCCAUUUUCUCUGGCGAUUACCUGGCAUUGAUAUUUCCUGUACUGGUUGAUCUGUCUGGGAAUGCUGAAGUACACAGCUUUUUGGGACUUGGUGGUUUCUUUGCUGGGAUGGCUGUUCUUUCGGGACCACUCAUAGCAGGUAAUAGCUUAGCCACAUUCUAAGCAAAUUUCAAUAGCAGUGAAAGAAAACACUGAUCCAUAAUUAAUGGCAACAUGUAAUGACAAUUCAAGUUAAAGAAACUGAUGGUAUCUUUGCCUCUCCUGUACCUACUCCUCUCACUCCAUCACCAACAGAAGAAUCUGUUUGAGGGUUAACUCAACAGAUGUGCUCUAGGCAGAUUCUUAUACUAUUCUCUUGGGAAUCUUAGAGCAGGGAUUAUAUGUAUGUCUACUUGUCUGGGGAGACAGUCCAGAGUUUUAUCAAACUUAUAAAGGCCAAAGAUGCUUAAAAAUAAAAAAAAGAACCACAGCAUUUUUUAUCUAAACAGGAUUCACUUCUAUAAAGCUUGCAAGUUGCAAGCCUGACCCCUUUGUUCUGAUGUGCUAUACAGCAGUCUAAAGAUUCCUAACAGCUCUUAUUUUCAAAGAGGGAUGGCAGUCCCUCAUAGGCUGUCUUUACCAAGGGCAGGAAGACACUUGGCCUAAACACCAGAAUCUUUGUGGAGAGGGUAUCUGGGGCCACUGGUAAAUAUUACAUGUAAAUACAGAGUGGCUAGCAAAAAUUUGGGGAGUUCUGAUUAUCUUAGUUUUAAGACUGAAGCAAAGUUUUCCAUUCACUUUUCACCUUAAUGGACAUUUUGCGUACUUGGUGAACAUUUAAUCAAAACUACUGAAAGAUGAACUACUUAAACAGAAGUAUUUCUCAGGAACAGACUUAAACUUUAGGUUCAUAAUAUAUUUGAAUGUAUGAAUUGCUACAGCAUUUCCAAUCACCCACAAAAAGAAAUUCUGCCUAAAACUUACUUUUGAUUCCUUCAGCCCUAAAGUGACAGAAAAGAGAUCUCAUCUUGCCCCACUAUCUUUCAGAAACUAAGAUUUAUGAUGUUAGGGUUGCAACUCUAUAAACUUAAGACUUAGAAAAGGGAAAUAUCAAAAGAAGUAUAGUAGAAAACUGUGUGGUGUUUCCUCUAAAAAAUUAAAAAUGGAACUAUCAUAUGACCCAGUAAUUCUACUUCUAGGUAUAUACCCCAAAAAUUUGAAAGCAGAGACUCCUUUAAGACUUGUACACCAAUGUUCACU